AUGGGAGGAAGAAAACCUGUUACCUUGGUUGGAAUCAAACAGAGACUUGACCUGGAACGCUCUGUCUCACGCCUACUGGCAGCAAUAUCAAAUAAGAAGAAGCGCCGAGUCUCUGAGAGGGAAAAGGUACCACAUCCUUCGAAAACGCAGCGAUGCUGGUCAUACACCGAUGAAAAAUAA